AUGGAUCAGUCAGAGGCUACAAGCAAAAACAUUAGGACAAUUCUCAAUGACAUAUGGCAAAACUUACAAUCCAAACAUGAAAAUCUCAAAAGGGAUGCUGCAGACUUAAAAAGGAAACAGCAGGACCAGUGUAGGGACUUUUCCAUUCAAAACUCAGCUCUUCUGGCCGCGUUCGAAGAUUCAAACAGGGAAGCGCAGUCGCUUAUAAAUAGAAAGGUGAUGCUAAGAAAAUCCUUAGAGAAGGAGGAAGCAGACAUUGGCAAGCUGGAUAAGGAGAAUCAGGAGUUUCAAAGACAGGCAGACGAGUUAGAGGUCCUGAAUAGGAGCUUAAGAGAAAGACGACAGGAUGUCGAAGAAAAGUAUAAAAUGCUGCUGUUGAAAUCACAGCAGCUUAAAGGCAAGGCAGAGCUAAAAGAAAACGAACACAAGGAAAUGAACGAGGCUUAUAAGAGGUACUUGGGAUUGGAAAUAGUCAAAAUAAAGGAGAACGUAGUGAAAAUAUCAUACAACAAUCUUGGCUCGGAGUGCUAUAUGGUUUUGGAUUUUACAAAUGAAGACUGUGUGACGGGAAGUGUACCUGAAAUCAAUAUUGAUAAACUCAACUAUUUAUUUAAAGAGAAGAGAAACUUUUAUGAAUUUGUAAAAUGUGUAAGAGAUCAGUUAAAACAGAGACUAUAA